AUGUCUAGCAUUCAUGAAUAUCUCAAUAAACUAAAAUCUGGUUACAAGCAGUAUCCAUCCUCUAUUGAAACCUCCACAGUCUCAAGUAUAGACAUAAUUAAAAUAUGGCGUCUUCGUCUGGGUAUGGCCUUCCGGCCAUACAGCCUCGACUCAUAUUUUAAUUAUAUCCGGCAAAGGUUUUGCUAUUCAGAGAUGGACGGCAAUGCUAGGUAAGCAAUUCUGGCUGCGUGCAGAGCCUAGCCCAAGUCUAUUCUCAGGAUGGUUUUUUCCUCAUGGGAAAGGGAAACAUGAAGUUGGAAAGGGGAAGCCCAGCAGAGUCCACACGACCAAUCGGGCAACUCCCUAGCGUGAAACUGGGCGUUACGUCCCAGGCUACAUGUUUUACCCUUUUUGCCGAAAGCCUACCAGAAAAUCCAUUUUUUGGGUUUUCGGAAUGGCAAACCCAUGUAACAAGGAAGUAGCUCAUUCAUGAGCCGUCGAAGUCGGCAACACUUGCCAGGAGGCGCACCUUGGAGAUCAAAGCAGACCUGCCCGGAGGUUUGUGGGCCCGGUACGGCGAGAGGCGAGCGGAAGGCCUGGGAUUUACUAACCCCGUGAGUGGGACGUUAAGCGUGUGUAUACGUAUUAAGUAAGUAAGUCUCAAGUAUAGACACAGAAGAACUUUUAAGCGAUACAAGCUCAGAAAAUUCUUCCAGAGUUUUUAGCAAAUCACACAGAAGAGAUGUUAAAUCUUAUGCCUUAACGGAAAAAUACAAAAGGCCAUCAUCAGCAUCAAAACCGAAACGUCGGCACCAAAGCACAACGGGGGUAGCUCCUUUAAAUAUUAUAAAAGAAGUUGACGAAAAUUUUGAGCAUAGCAGACUUGGGUAUAAUCUUGACGAUUAUUUACCUAAAAAAUCAAAAUUAGACCUCAGUGUAUAUUUACCAAAACCUUAUAAAGCAAGCUUAAACUCAUCAAUGAUUUCUAAUUAUGAUAGUCAGAACCUAUUAGAUAGCUCCGACGAAGAGCCUGCUACAAAAAAAUCAAAAGGCAGAGUUCCAUUUACCCCCAGACUUACAAUUAACCAAACAGUGCAAACUUCUAUACAGAAUUUUUCCCCAAAAAGCUCUACUUCUAAAUGAAGUUCAGGUAAAAAAGACUAUUCAGCAGCUGUGCAGACUUCUUUUCAAAGCAAUUCUUCACACCAAAGUGAAGUUUCUAAAAGCAUCAGAGAAAAAAGAUGGGACGAAGUCCAGACUUCUUUUCAAAGUUUCUCUUCCCAAAGCGCCGUUUCUAAAUACAGCUUGGGGGCAAAAGAAUGGGAAGAUGUGAGUGAGGCAAAGGAUUCUUUUUAUAACCCCAUGAUAAGUAUCAAUUCCGAUAACAACAAAACAUCUAGGUCUCAAAGCAGAGAUACUAGCCCAACGCCAACUAUAGCGCUUUCAUCGCUAUUGCUUGCUUUGAAGCAGGUGUCUUUUGCGGAAACUUUGGAGGACUAACGAUUCAUCAUCAUCAUCAUCAUCAUCAUAAAAUUAUAACGAUACUUGCGUAUCGUUGCAGCUCUUAUGAGCUUUUUUACUACUAAACUUGUCCAAAUCUCAUCCAACUUCCACUGCUUCUUACUUACUUACUUACUUACUUAGUUACAUAGUCUUUAAGGUGUCUAGUGCCCAUACCCCUUAAUGAAAAAGGGUCAAAGCGACAACUAGUGACGUCACCAAGCCAUCUUGGAAUAUGUGGUCAGCCCACACCCAAGCCUUCUAUAAGGCUAGUCGCCAGAUAAAUCGCCGCACAUCUCACCCGGCGCGUUGCUGCCGCUCGUCCAGACUCAGCUCCUGCGCGUGUUCCGCCUAAGGGUCAUCCUCCCGUGGGGAUGUGCUGAGAGGUAAAAACUCCGAAAUCUUGAGUGCACUGAGGAGUCGUGCCUUUGGUUAUCCCCAAAGUUAAACGGCUGUUGCUGUGCAGAAGUUCUCAAGAGAAAACCCAACCCAUAAAUAAAAUUCCAUGAGGGAGAGAAAAUUUGGCAGAGCCAAUUUCUCUCGAACCGAAUGCCAUUUUAUUUAUAACUUCCACUGCUUCAAUCCACAAUUACCUCGUUUCACCGGAGGCCUAACGAGUCACCUAAAGGUCGCAAGUCAACUCCAAGUUGAAAAAGUCUUUCAAAUAGGAUACGAUCUUGUCAACCUUGAGUUGAACUGUCAGAGCUCCAAGUUGCCACAAAGAAGUCUGUUUCAAGGCAAAUAAUAGCGAUAAAGGUGCUAUACUCAAAACCCAGGCCACGCAAGGAGAUCUACAGCUGAUUUUAAUUAUCCUUUUUCGAUCAGUCCUGACCCUGCUUUUAAAAGGAAAAUACCAGCCCCGUUGCAGAUGCCUUCUCAUCCUUUUUCCAAGACCACAACUUUAAUUUCAGAUAAGGAGGACAAAAUUAGAAUUGUGGACUCCUCUAGAGAAAAAGAAAGCCUAGAAAUGACCUUGCAGCCUCAUCAUAAAGAAAUUAGGUGCUCAUUAAGCUCAGCAAGAAAUACAAGCAUUACCCCUAAGUUUAAAAAAGAUGCAAAUUGCAGCAUGCCCUUUACAAGCGACGAAAGUGUUGAAAACUCAAUUGUGGUUUCUUCAAGAAACGCCAUCAAUUUAAAUAUUUGUACAUGUAUUUUGAAUGGAUCUUUAUACAGACACUAUGAAAAUUGCCAAAAAUUCUCGGUAACUGCUAUAAUCUCAGGGUCAAAUGAAACGAAGUGCUGCUGCAACCGGAAAAAAAUGGGGGUUUUGGAGGCUUGCAUUACCAUACAGAGGGCCGUUAGAGACUAUCUUGAUAGGCUGAAUUUUUAUUCAAGUUUCCAGCCUACAGAUCGAGAGUUUUAG